AUGUGGCCAAGGGCCACUCUCCUCUUGCUGCUCGGCGCGUUGUCCGCCGGCCAAAACGUCACCGAAUUGGACGACGAGAUGGUCACCAACACCACUGCUGAGUAUUACGAGGACGAGCUGGCGCAGAACGACACCCUCCUGCAGACGAGCACUGCUGCUGACAGCGAGGAAGUCGCGACGACAACUGCCAAUGCGUCGACGGCGACGCCGGUCACGACGGCGGCGCCGACCACCACCACGCCGCCGCCUCUGUUCUUUCCGCAGAGGCUGCUCGCUGACUGGUACUGCACCUGCGAUCUUCAGAUCGGCGUUUGCGACAUUGACUGCUGCUGCGACCGCGAUUGCUCCAAAUUCGACCUGUCCGCCUUUCCGCGCUGCCAAAAAUCAUCAGAUGCGACCAACAACGAGCAGUGCAACACAAACGGAUUUCUCUGCAUCUUCAAAGACAAUUUGCCCGAGAGAAACUGGCUGCACAGCCCCAAGGUUGCUCUGACCCUGAAGGAGUUCGAUUCCCUGGCGUCCCGGUAUCAGAAACAGUGGUCCUGGAGGCAUCCGCGCUUCACGCCUGCCAAGCCGCAGUUCGAGCCGGUGAAAAGGUACAUGGCCGGCGACCUGAUUUGGGUCACGAAGGACAACAGCACUCUGCAACCUUUUGUGUUGCCGCUUUUGGGCCGGAACUGCGUGGGUGAGAAGAGCGUGCGCUUCCUGCGCGAGGUGAGCGUGCGUUGCGUGGUGGGGCUGCGCCACCCGCUCGCCACCGGCGCCGCCUUCGACGCCCUGCGCCUGUUGGGCAACGUGUCGGCGCCCGUGGCCAAUCAGAGCGCGCCCUGGCUGCCCCUGCGCCGCUUCCUCUGCCCCGUUGACGGCAAUGAGAGCUGCGUCGAGAGCGGCGCCGCCACGCACGCCGCCCGAGUGGCGCUGCACGUGCAUCACAACGGCACCAGCGGCAUCGCCGCCGCGAAACUGCUCCUCUGGCCCGCUAAACAACAUCAAGGACAGCUAAAUACUUUGCUGGAGUUUUCCGUUCGAUUCUUCUGGCAGGGGAAGACGGAGGCGGCAGCAGCGCCUCGGAGGAGCGGUUCGCCAGGGUACCUGCCAGGUCGUCCUGUCAUCGCUGGCGUGCUGAACGGCGAGAAGACGGCGGUGGCGUCACUGCGGCCGUUUCUGCUCGCGUCGGCCGACGAGAGCGGCGCAUGUGGCGCCGCCACGGCUCUGCUCUUCGGCGAGGACGCAGUGCGGACGUGCGACCUGGCGCUGAACGCGUCGGCGGACGCGUGUCCGGCGCGCACGGUUUUGGGCACCCUGGCGCCGGGCGGCGGAGGCGCCGCGGCCCUGGUGGCGGCGUUCGGUGACGCCACGAUCGACGCCGGCCUCGUCGACUGGCUCCCGGUGGCGGUGCGCGAGCGGCCUAGCGGCGCCGACGCGUGCGGCGCCUCGCCGCUGUCGCUCGGCGUCGACGUGCUGUGGGCCAAGGUUGGCGCCGCGCACGCUCCGCAGAACAAACUGGUUGGCGUGGCGCUGGCGUUCGGCGCCGCCCGCCCGCUCGCCGGCGCCGCCACCGUGCGGCUGACCACGAGCGUCACCUUCCGAGAGGUCACCGCCGGCCUCAAAGGUCAUUUCGCGCCGCCGCCAAAGUACGAAAUCCGCCUGCCAAACGACUUUUUCUACCCGCUCUUCGGCCCCGCCGUCGCCGCCGCUGCUCCACGGUGGACUCUCGAUUUCACCCUUUCUGUGUUCAGUGUGACCGUCUGGCUUGUCUAUUUUGUGCAGUAAAAUUUUUCCUCUGAUGCGUGGAAGCGAACGAUAAGUGAAAAUAAAAAAAAAUAAAAAAUGUAGUUUAAUUGUAUCUCUUUGCGCAACGAAAUUUAAAAAUAAACGACGAAUUUUUCGAAACUGCGACUCUUGGAACCCAGAUUUUAACUAUCCUGAUCUUGGAAAAAGCGCGUUUUCAUAAAUUAAACAAAUCAGAUUUUUAAAAAACCGUACACUUCUGUUUGACCCUUCAUGAUCUCUCGUUUAGGCCUGUGUGGCCGAGUUUCAGUACAAGAAUGUAAAUAUUUGACAUUGAUUUUUAAGUUUCAAAAAUUAUUUAAAUUUUCAAACCACCCAGUCCUUUUUAUUUGUUUGUUCGCCAACGGGAGUGUAACCGCAUUGUAAAAUAUAUAUGCAGAUAGCAUUAGUUCAUGGAUUGAAACACAAUAAAAAA